ACUAUUCCAUUUCAUUCAUUAGUUUAAGUUUUUGAGAUAAAAAGGGGGAAAAUCAUUGUCCAUUGCCAAACUCAAGUUUUCUUAGAUGGUAAUUUUGGCGGUGGGCCUAAAUCAUAUAAUGGGCCUUUUAGAUGAGCCUAUCAACUGAUGUGAAAAUAAAUCUCUGUCUCAAUCUGUGAAAAGCCCUAGUAAAACCCUAGCUCCCAAUUCCCUCAGUCCACUGAGCCGUUAUAUAACUGUUCACCUGCAUCAUUGAAAGCCAAAAUCAACAGACCCGUGUUGAGAAGACGACUUUCAUCUGCAAAAAGGAUUUGGAGUGAAGAGAUCUGUGAGGAAAAAUGGCAAACCCGAAGGUCUUCUUUGACAUCUUGAUAGGAAAGAUGAAGGCGGGUCGUGUUGUGAUGGAGCUAUUCGCAGAUGUGACACCGAGAACAGCUGAUAACUUCCGUGCUCUGUGCACAGGAGAGAAGGGUAUUGGGCAAGCAGGGAAGGCACUACACUACAAAGGCUCAGCCUUUCACCGUAUCAUCCCAGGGUUCAUGUGCCAAGGAGGAGACUUCACCCGCGGGAAUGGAACCGGUGGAGAAUCGAUUUACGGGGCUAAGUUUCAGGACGAGAACUUCAAGUUGAAGCACACUGGUCCGGGGAUUUUGUCUAUGGCUAAUUCAGGCCCCAACACGAACGGUUCUCAGUUCUUUAUCUGCACUGAUAAGACAGCUUGGCUCGAUGGGAAGCACGUGGUGUUUGGGAAAGUCGUUGAUGGGUACGAUGUGGUGAAGGCGAUGGAGAAUGUUGGGUCUGAGAGGGGAGCUACUUCUGAACCAGUUGUGAUUGAAGAUUGUGGUGAGCUCAAGAACCAAACUUCAGAAUAAGUUUCAAACAAGGAAUAGAGUUCAUAAACCUCGAUCAUUAUGCUGUGAAGAUCGUUGAGAUCAAAACGUUGGGGUUUGACAUUAUUAUCUUAUGAAGUGGCCAAACCUUCUGAGUUUAUUUUUUUAUUUUCAAAAACUCCAUGUAAAAGAGUAGGAUGGAUAAUAAAAUAAUGGCAAAACUCCUUUGUUUCA